UACCACAGAUGGUGAAGAAAGUCGGUAACCGCUGAUGCCCGGAUUGUCUUUAGUUCGGUUGUGUUUCUCCAAAAUAUAGUCUGUCGUAGUUGAAAACAUAUCUUGAGAGAUAAGUUUAUGUAGCUUGUGGGAAAAGAGAAGCAAUCGGGGGCAUGAAACAAGACUCAUGUGUUUGCUUUCACAAAGGAACGGUAAUUUUCAGGUGACUCGAAAGGGAGAGACAUUCUUCAAGCUACAGGUAUAGUUUCAGCAAGCCUUUUCGGGGUUAAACAUGGCGAGUGACGGUGGGCAGAAGGGUAAAAUUGACUUCUCGGAGGAAAAUCGGACCGAUUCUGGAAUUGAAUCGAUUAAAUCUUUACCUAAAGACGAUCAAUACGCAAAGACAAUUUACGACUCUGUAACGUCCAAUACAGACGCAAAGGACAAACUUGACAGUGUCACAGAGGAGCGGGUGGACUCUGCUUAUGCGUCCUCGUCACUCACAGUUGAAAGUUUGGAAGACUAUCUUAAGGUCUGCCGAAUAACGAGCGGCCAAAGCGGGGAGAACACAGAGACAAGUAAAUCCAUUGAAGAGGAAGUAAAUCUGCUCUCAACCAUCACAGAGGACGGAGACACAAUUCUUCACCUUGCCAUAAUUCAUGAAGAGACAGACUUUUCACGCCAGUUAAUACAACUGUUUCCCAAAGAUGUCCUGGAUAUUCAAAACAACUUGUAUCAGGCGCCAUUACAUCUGGCCACCUACCUGAACCAGCCGUCAGUGGUACAAGACUUAAUGAAGAAGGGGGCUUGCUUAGAGCUCCAGGACCAAGAUGGGAACACGCCCCUCCAUGUAGCCUGUGAACAGGGUCGGGGAGAGUGUGCCAGUGAGAUGAUUCAUGAGGUCUCAUCAAGCAAACUGGCUCAUGUGCUUGAAAUGCAGAAUUGGCGAGGUCUCACUUGCCUUCAUAUAGCAACACAGCACAGACAUCAUCGCCUUAUGAAGCUUCUCAUGAAAAAAGGGGUCAACCUGAAUAUACAGGAGGGUACGAGUGGGAAGACGCCUCUGCAUAUCGCAGUAGAGAUUCACGACACAGCCUCAGUGAAUUUGCUGCUAAAUAAGGGUGCUAAUGUGGACGCAGCCAUGUUUAAUGGUUGCACAGCUCUCCAUCUGGCUGUGGGAAGACAGGACGCCACUAUCGCCAACCUGUUGUGCCAGUCCGGAGCCGACAAGAUGAUCCGAAACAUCGAGGAUGAGACCGCCCUCGAUCUCGCUGACGGCAAUGACGACAUCCUCGCGUUGUUUCCCUUCGACGAUAUUCAGAUCAUGGGAAGAACUGUCGGUGUAAAUUUCUGAAUAUGGAGGUGAAGAGAAACGUGAACUUUGAGUAUUUGGAUUUUCUGUCAACUAGCUGUAACUGUUGGGAAAAAAACCCUUUCCUGUCUGUCUUAUUUGUCACAAAAGGAGUUCAUUAUGGAUUUGAAGAGGAGGUUAGGCGUCACGGCCUGAUUAAGUACAGAAUAAGUUCUGAGACAUCUCGUGGUGAUGACCCACCCUCAUGCUUUUCCAUUCUUUUGCAACAUUUUACAGUCUGCUUCAUGACAUAAUCAAAAUGUUUUAGUAGCAACAACAUACUCUAAAUUGAAGCAGUGUGGUCUGCAUAUGGUGGUACAACGUGGUCUACUUCAGCUGUGAAAAUGGAAAAAAAAUAUUUUAAUAGUAACAAAAAUGUAGGCUACAGCUAAGGAAAUAAAAUAUCUGAGUAGUUCGAAAAGAAGUUGUGUAACAAGACUUCUCAUUGAUUAAUAUUUCUGUUCAUUUUGUUUUGGCUGACUUUUUUGUUUUU